AUGCCGUCACGGCAACAGCUCCAACUCGAAUUCGCGCAACGAGACAUCUCGUUCCAGUAUGCGCAACUCUGCCUAGCCUCCAACUGCCCUCUCGGGAUAUACGUCCAACUCGAUGACGACGAUACGCACCUCUGGCACUGUGUGAUUUUUGUCUCGAAUGGCCCGUUUCAUGGCGGAAUCUUUCGGUUUGACAUUGUCUUUCCGCCUACCUACCCGACCUCAACACCACAAGUGUAUUUCCCACCGACGCUCUUACAUCCACUCGUAGACCCUGAUUCAGGUCGACUGCUUCUCGCCUCCCGUUUCCAGGCCUGGAAACCGAGGGUCAACUUUGUCACACAUGUUCUACAUUUCGUCAAAGAGGUCUUCACAGAAGAGUUUCUGCAAGGCUUGAGAGAGCGAGCGGUUGCGAAUACCGAAGUAUGGCGGAUGUUCAGAAGUCACCGAGGCCUGUUCAACAAGCUGGCAUUGCAGUCGGUAGCAUUGAGUACAGCUCCUUCGAGCUUGUAUGAUGUCAGUGGCGGAAGUGGGUUCCCGAAUCCGAGCAUCGGCUUGAACCGCGUCCAACCGCGGAGUGUCGAAGGCAAGGUGGGCAGAGGAGCGGCGAGGGUUGAUGAUGCAAAUGGAAUCCUGUUCACGAAGCUGGAUGAUGACGAGAUGGCGAGGUUGAGAGGAGAGAUUUUUGGUGACGAGAAGGAGGACGAGGGAGAACCAAGUGUUUAG